AUGCAGGCAGUUGCCCGUGCCCUCGCGAACCAGGGCAAAGUCUCCAACCACCAGAGGAGAUGCUGGCCGAGGCAAAGUGUGUCUGCAGGUCCUUUGAUGCUUGCCAGCAUGGCGAGCAUCGUAGCAUGGAUGGUGAGCCCUGGGAUUUGCCAAUCUGCGGCCCACAGCCCUCAGCGACCUCUCACCCUCCAGCAGAUUGCCGGCAGGGAGAUCAGCAAUGGGAACCUGCGUCAGGCAGCCUGGCUUCUGAACACUUGUCAGAAAAGCCAACAGGCAGCCGAUCCCGAAGUUUACAGCCAGCUCAUCACGGCUUUUGCUACACGUCGACUGAUGAGGGAGGCGGUGAGCUGGAUGAACGCGGCAAUGGCAAUGGACCUGGAGCUGGAUGCUGCGGCUUUUGCUGCUGUAGAUCUUCAUCAGAGCAAGAAAGAUGUGGGUCCACGGGAGGAGUUGGACGAAGAAGGCCGCAAAAGGUGGUGGAGAACGGUCUCGCGAAUGCGGGAGGGUGGUCUUUUGGAAGGCACUGUGGGCCGAGAUGCGCUGCUCUAUCUUCAGACAGCUUGCCAAUCUCGGCUGAAAGUUCAGGCAACCAUGUUCGAGGAUGCCAUCCGUGGCUUCAGAGACGAUCCCGACUCUGCGGCCGAGUGCCUUCAGUGUGCAAGCAAGCUGCGCCUGGAGCAGGAGGCCUCAACCUUCCAGUCCGUGAUCAUGAACUGCUGCAUGCAUGGCUUGCUAGACAAAGCAUCGGCACUUGUGGAUACCAUGGCCGAGAGCGGAUGGCAGCCUGCACCUGACAUUUACCGUGCCUUGUGCCACGGUCAGGCAUUGAGGCACAACGAGACCGGCGUGGAAUUCUGGCUUUCCAAGCUGGAGGACACUGAGAUGGAGCUGGCCCCGUUUCGCUUGAUGUCGUAUCAUCGAGCAGCAAAAGGUCAGGCAGCGUCAUCCGAGGCUUGGCUGGAGCGUGCGCAUGAGGCGGCACUACAUCCUGAUGUUGCUUGUUACAACGAGGUCCUGGCAGCCUUCUCGCGGCCCAAUAAGGGCUGUGCAACCGAAUGGGCUCUGCCUGCCAAGCGGGCGGACGGAGCGUGGAGGUGCUUUCAGCAAAUGCGUCACAAGGCUGUCGAGCCAGAUGCUGGAUCCCACAGGUCGGUACUGCGCGGCUUUGCCCGGUCUGGCCUUACGAGGCGUAGCGUGGAAUUGAUGCAGCAGAUGCUGGACGCGAAUGUGGCCGUCGAUGAGACAUGCUACAACUCGCUGCUUUGUGGCCUUGCACGGGCCAGAGAGGCUGCACUCGCAUCGACGUGGCUCCAGAGGAUGGUGGUAGACAAGCUGGAAGCAGAUGAGGUCGCCUUCAAUGCUGUGGUUUCGUCCCACCUGGACAUCGGCGACUGGAAGAAGGCUGCACAGUGGCUGAAGCGAAUGGUCAUCCGUAAUCUGACUCCCGUGAGGACUCAUUACAACGAGGUCAUCGACUACUGUGUGCAAGAGGGAGAGUUGGACAAGGCCUACUCGUGGUUGACCUUGAUGAAGGCCACUCCCCCGUCGUUGCCGGAUCUGGUUUCGUACCAUCACCUAGUCAGUGGUGCUGCGGCGCUGGGAAAGGAGAAACAAGCGGCAGACUGGUUUGGGGAGAUGCGAUGCGCGCGAUUGACACCCGAUCCAGUCAUGUUCACUGAUGUGAUCCACGGCUUUGCAAGAAGCACAGCAUAUGAAGCCGCCACUGCAUGGCUGCGACGCAUGGCGAAAGAAACUGUGCAUCCCACCGUCGCGUGCUACAACGCACUCAUCUCUGCAUGUGCCAGGCAGCGGGACUUGCAACGUGCGGAGCACUGGUUUGAGGAGCUACCGAUCCAACGGCUGCAGCCCGACGAGAUCUCUUACAAAGCAUUGAUUCGCGGAUGUUGCUUGCUGGAUGAGACGCAGAAGGCAACGCGGUGGUUGCAGAAGCUUCAGUCCAGCAGAUGCAGGCCUGAUAUGCCAUUCUACAUGGGGAUGAUAAAUGCGAGAGAUGCAAGAGGACGCAGCUCCCCGCCAGAG